GGAUAAAAUCUUUUAUCUUCGACCUUUCCGGUUUCCUUUCCUCUUCUCUGCAUCGCCCUUUGCUUCCCUAAGGCUAAAGUCUCUUCCUUUCUCCUUUUGCCUACUUGCCAACAAUGGCGGCUAUCUCAACAUCGCUGUUAUCACCGUUACCCACAACUGCAAAACUCCGCUUGUCAAAGAACCAAUUGAAACCCAGUGCCCAAAUCCACAAUCAAACCAACCCAACUCACCGAUUCCCUCAGCUGCGGACGGUUUUUAGCUCCACGACCAGUCUCCGCGCAGUAGCUGAAGAAGCCGCACCAGCUGCUGCUUCUGUAGACCCAUCCUCGCCCGCUGCCAGAAGGGUGUACGUCGGAAACAUCCCGAGGAAUGUGAAUAGCGAGGAGCUCAGAAAAAUUGUUGAAGAACAUGGAGCUGUUGAGAAAGCUGAGGUUAUGUAUGAUAAGUACUCAGGCAGGAGUCGUCGAUUUGCAUUUGUCUCAAUGAAGACUUUAGAUGAUGCGAAUGCUGUAGUUGAGAAGCUGAAUGGCACAGAAAUUGGUGGACGGGAGAUCAAAGUGAACAUCACUGAGAAGCCACUGGAACAAACAGAAUCACCUCUCUUACAAUCUGAGGAAUCCCAAUUUGUUGACAGCCCACACAAAGUCUACGUGGGGAAUCUGGCCAAAACAGUGACAACAGAUAUGCUUAAGAACUUGUUUUCUGAUAAGGCUAAAGUUUUGAGUGCCAAGGUUUCUCGAGUCCCAGGAACUUCGAAAUCCAGCGGGUUUGGGUUUGUCACAUUCUCGUCGGAUGAGGAUGUAGAUGUCGCCAUCUCGUCUUUCAACAACUCUCCGUUGGAAGGCCAAAAGAUUCGAGUAAACAAGGCUUAGUGAAGUUCACUGAACAGCUAAAGAGUUAUGGAGACAGAACAUUACCUCUUUUUUCCAUCCAUUGCGGGAGAAGUUGGGUCUAGAAAGGGCACGGUCAUGUGUUUCUCUGAAGUGAUAGUGCUCCGCAGGCUGCAAAUGUGCAUUUUAGGUGCCAAAGCUUAAACAACUAGCUGAUUUUGCCAUUUUAAUCAAACUGUUUGCUCCUGUGUUUGGGUAAAUUUAUGAAGGGAUGAUGAGGCAGGCAUUGGUAACUUAGUACUCUUGCGUUUUACCUUUUGGUGUGAAUGGGUGAAUGGUAUUGGGUAGAAAAGAAUAAUACCAACACAACUCUCCCUACAAAACAGAUUAAUCUGUUUUUUUCUAUUCUUGGCCAGAAACAGCCAAAGGUUAAUAUUUGUGGAAUAUACUUGCCUGUUGUUCCUUU